UGCUUGCUGAGCGAAGCGGAGGAUGAGGAGGAGGGGAGGGGGGCCUUUCCUGCUCAAGUGAACACAUCGGCCAUUGAGGAUAAGUUGGAGAUAUCAAAGCUAAAGGCGGCUCGUACAAAAAAAAAGAAGGAGGCACUCCCUUUUGUUUGUAAAAAAUAAAAACAUCGCUGCCUGCUCGGUGCGCGCGCGUCCUUAUGAUCUGUGACAGCGACGACGUUUGAGUGUGUCGGCGUGUGUGCUGCGCCAGGUGUGUCGGGAUACUGAGUGUGGGGAAAAUGACAUCUUUUUCAUGGAGGGUUUGGCUCGCACUUGUGUUGCUCCUCUUUCCUUCGACAGCGGCUGCCGACGAGUCGUCACUACUGGAAGGCUGGCACGACGUCUGGUUCUUUCGCUUCCUUGUCAACAUCCUGGGAUACUCCACCAUCAUCAUCCCUGGCUACUUCCUCAUUAGCUACUUCAAGCGUACCAAUUACCUAGACACAGGCAGUGGGAUUUGCUUCCCUGUCAUAAAGUCCUGUGUGUUUGGCAGUGAGGCCAAGUCAGGUCUGUUGGAUGACGUGUCAGUUGGAUCCAGGAACGAGGGACAUUCAGGCUCGUCAGUCAGACAGGUCAUCAAAUUAAUCUUCUGUGCUGCCGGACUUCAGGUUUCCUACCUGACAUGGGGAGUCCUGCAGGAGCGUGUAAUGACCCGUUCCUAUGGAGCCGAGACUCCAGAGGAGCAGGGUGAGAAAUUCAAGGACUCUCAGUUCUUGGUCUUUAUGAAUCGUAUCCUUGCUCUGACUGUGUCGGGCCUGUGGUGCCUCAUGUUCAAGCAGCCUAGCCAUGGAGCACCCAUGUACAAGUACUCUUUUGCCUCCCUCUCCAACAUCAUGAGCAGCUGGUGCCAGUACGAGGCGCUCAAGUACAUCAGCUUCCCCACUCAAGUCCUGGCCAAGGCCUCCAAAGUCAUUCCUGUCAUGCUCAUGGGAAAGAUUGUCUCCCACAAGAGCUACGAAUACUGGGAAUACUUAACCGCCGUGCUGAUUUCUGUGGGGGUCAGCAUGUUCCUGCUGUCCAGCACGCCCAGCAAACACCCGUCCACUGUCACCACCUUCAGCGGGAUCAUCAUCCUCGUCGGCUACAUUGUCUUCGAUAGCUUCACCUCCAACUGGCAGGACAACCUGUUCAAGUACAAGAUGUCGUCGGUGCAGAUGAUGUUCGGGGUCAACCUGUUCUCCUGCCUCUUCACAGUCGGCUCGCUACUGGAGCAGGGCGCCUUCUUUGACUCGCUGGCCUUCAUGACGCGCCACUCCGAGUUUGCCUUUCAUGCCGUGUUGUUGUCCGUCUGCUCUGCAUGCGGCCAACUCUUCAUCUUCUACACAAUCAACCAGUUUGGAGCUGCAGUCUUCACCAUCAUCAUGACCCUACGGCAGGCCAUCGCCAUCCUCCUCUCAUGCUUCCUCUACGGGCACACCGUCUCCAUAGUCGGUGGAUUUGGUGUCGCUGUAGUUUUCUUGGCACUUUUCUUGCGGGUGUAUGCUCGUAGCCGCAUGAAGUCAGGCAGGCGGCCUGCACAGUUGCUCGGGCAGAAGGUGUAGCACUGUGGGAUCACUCCAAACUGGGAACUGAGGCCACGUUUUCUGUGGCGCAUUUAUGUCUAUUUGUGUCAGUUUUUUUUAACUGUUCUUUUCCUAUUGUUUCUGAUUUUGUUGGCUAAGGUACAGAAAGGGAUUCUGCGGUUUUGACUCUUACACAAAGAUGCCCCUAAGGGGUCCAAUGUGAUUUGUCAGGUCAGCAGUCACAGAAGCUUUGAGUGCCUGUAAGAUUGUCUAUUACACAAGUCCCAUACCAUAAACUGUGCAAAACGCCUCAUCACCUCGUUCAUAGUUUAACCAUAGAAUCUGUUCUUAUCUUUCUUUAAUCACCAUAUGUGGCUUGUACAGCCAAAUUAAAUGGUACUGUUACCUUGGAUAAAUGUUUGUGAGCUGUAUCGAAUCAAUUUUCUGUUAAUUACAUUGCUCUCAUGUACCUACUGUAAUUCCCAAAUAUUUGACCGCCACCUCUUGUAUAGACAACACUUUACUCCGGCUGUGGAACAUUUCAGUCAUAAAGCUUAUCUCACAGUCCUCCAUGUUGGAGAGCAGGGGCCUUUAUGUGUCUUAAUGUGGGAAUUAAUCUUGUAUAUCUGUAAAAAAAAAAGAAAUAGCCUGAACACAUGGUGCAUACAUUUAUUUUUUAGUUAAAGGUAUACUAACAUGAUCCCAAGGCUAACCUAUGUAAAAGAUGGGAGGGAUGGUAAAAGACUUGUGAAGAACACUAUUUACAAAUGGUAUCAUUUUGGCUCAACAACACUGAAGCAGAUGCUGCUGCUGUUGUUAUUCCUUGCACCUCAUUAUUUUUAGGUCUCAAAAGGUCUGUUACUUCAUUUUAUUCAAAUCAGGCAGAAGAGUCUUGUAAAUAUAUCUCUCUUAGUCAUGUUUAUUUUCAACCAACCUGUCUGUUGUGUACUUUUAUAAAGAGGACUGCUUCAUGUGUUUCACUGUUACAUUUGAAUGUUUGACAGAAUGGAUGAUGAUGAUGAAGUUGAUGCUCAAUGCCAUCACUGGGAUGUGAAAAGUGGAGGACGGUUUGCAGAACAGAAUGCAUACAAGGGAAAUACAAUGUUACUGAGAUCUUGUUUUUAUCAUUCUACUAUUUCCUCUGGAUUAAUAAUAAAACAUGAAAUUAACUUAA